GUUCCAUUAUGAAUCCAUACCAACUCGCCCAGUUAUCCUGUUUACUAAGUCUAAUUUCUAGUACAAGGGGCUCUUUUCAGUGUUCUAACGACCUUCUGUCUAAUCCCAACGUGCUGUCUUCACUGAUUGCGGUUUACGUGUGCAAGGCCAGAGUUGCGUCGCGGUACACCAGGGCAUCCUUGUGCCCUCCCGAGCUACAGGCCAUCUUUGGUUGGAUGGCCCCCGCGACGGGUCACUCGAGAAGGAUGUGCCGCAUCCUUCGCUCGGAGUGGUGGCAGCAGGUUCGUUUCUUCAGGGACUGCCUACGGAUAGCUUGCAGUCGCCAGCCUCAACAGCCUGGAACUAACCACCGGUUCCAAGACUGGUCAAGGACAUCCAUCCAGCUCACCGAGUUUCUAUGGAACCAGGUACGCCCCAAUCUACCUUCGAAGAAAAAGCAGCGCGUCAAGGAAGGCACAGUACUCGUCCUCGGCGACCGACCAGUCGCGGAGCAACACAGGCAGAUCCUCAAGUUGGGCCCGAAGUUCUGUUUUGAGCCGGCGCUGAAACGAGUGGACAAGCUGGCCCUGUCAAGGUUGGUGUCUCGCCAGGUUCCGGAAGAGGACAAACCAAGGUGUGUCGCAGGAUGCGUUGAUGUGCUGUUGAGGUCAGAGGGGCUCCCUACGAGGAGUAGGAGUUUAGAACCUGUUAUUGACUUUCUCGCUACUAGUGGGCUACGCGCACUUGUGUCCGAUAAGGAAGGCUUCUUCGUCAUCAUGCCGGAGGACAUGUUCGCUGAGAAGGCGACCUGUGCUGUGCAGAAGAACUUCAAGGCGGUCCUAGAAAGACCAGCGAAGGUUAAGGAAAGAGCCGUGGAGCUUUUGGAAAGAUUGAGCCUUAAGCAGGUGUGUGCAGGGGUAAAAAGGGAAAAGAACCUCACUUUGGAAGUUUUCUUCGCGGCCAAGACGCAUAAGGCGGAAAUUCCGUUUCGCACCAUUGUGUCUGAGCGUGGCACCUGGUUGCGUGUUGUGUCUGGGUACCUCAAAAAGCACUUGGACACGUUAAAUGCCGAGGACCCUUUCGUGAUACCUAGCUCAAAUGCCGUUGUUUCCUAUCUCUCGGAUAGUAACCCUGUGGGUUGUACAGCGUUCAGCAUAGACGUUGAAGAUCUGUAUUACUCUAUGCCCCACGAUGACCUCAUGCGUUGCGUAAAAGAAUGCAUUACUGACCUCAACGAUGAAGUUGCGUUUAGGUCCCAAUGCGGGAUUCCGGUCGAAGGGUUUCUAGAAGUGUUGUCAUUUUGUUUGAGGGCUACCUUUAUCGGGUGGCAUGACAAGGUGUAUGUGCAAAAGUCUGGGGUGUGCAUAGGGUCCAGGGUAGCACCCGUGCUGAGUAACAUCUUCCUUGCAAAGGUUGACAGGGCACUUGACGGUCUGUUGAAGGCCCCCGCUAAAAAGAUUUUUAGGUAUGUCGACGAUUAUUUAGUUUUCGUCGACAAAGGUAACUUUAGUCGGACCCUUGAUUUCGCGCUAAAAACGUUCAAGGAGCAGGGUUUGGGCCUGAGGUUCACUUUUGAGACCCCAAAAGACCAGACAAUCCAGUUUUUGGAUCUGAGCGUAGAUGUGAGCCAGAGCCACGUUUGUUGGUGGCAUCAUCCCAGGACCACCAAGAAUCUCCUUGAUUUUAGAUCGGGGCAUUCCAAGCUCGUCAAGAUCAGCAAUUACGUAAAAGAUAACGUUGUUACGACGAGACCGGUCCUCCAUAUCAUCAAGCCGCUCCUGCAGAGCGAUGUUUUCAUUCCGUAA